GGAGCGGGCCGCGGGGUUUCUGCCGCCCGCUGGGCACCCACCCCAAGAAAGAGCCCAUGGAGGCGCUCAACACGGCGCAGGGGGCCCGGGACUUCAUCUACAGCCUCCACUCCACCGAGCGGAGCUGCCUGCUGCGCGAGCUGCACCGGUUCGAGUCCAUCGCCAUCGCCCAAGAGAAGUUGGAGGUUGAGCCACCGUCCACUGGACAGCUGAAACAUGUGUUUUUCCAUAAUGCAAUACCUUUUGUAGGGUUUGGAUUUUUGGAUAAUGCAAUUAUGAUUGCUGCGGGCACACAAAUAGAAUUAUCAAUAGGAGUUGUCCUUGGAAUUUCUACUAUGGCAGCUGCUGCCUUGGGGAAUCUUGUUUCGGAUUUAGCCGGAUUGGGCCUUGCAGGCUAUGUUGAAGCUCUUGCCUCCAGAUUGGGCCUCUCCAUUCCCGAAUUAACGCCCAAACAAGCUGACAUGUGGCAAACGCGUGUUAGCGCACACGUGGGUAAGGCCAUUGGAGUGGCCAUUGGCUGCCUUUUAGGAAUGUUUCCGUUGUUCUUCUUUAAAGACGAAGAAAAAAAACUGGAAGAGAAAAAAUAACCUUUUUACAAAUGCUUAUACAAAUGUAAAAUAAUGUACCUCAAUUAUACAGUUACGCUGUCAAAAAAUAUUUAGGGUUUAGCAGACAGUAAUGUUGUAUAGAAUGGGGAACAAAACCGCAUGCCGUUUCAUGGAAACACUAACUUAUUGUGUGGCUUUGUCGUAGUACAUCUUUUUAUAAGGGGUUUUCCUUUUUUUAAUGUAAACCGUUGGUGUGUGUUCUACUUACACUGGCCAUUGACGUUUACCAUUUUUUC